AUGAAGCGAGUACGCAAUCUGGCGCUUGAGGCACUCGCAUGGCCAUUCCUCGAGGACAGGCAGCGGCUGGUUUGGGCAGCAGCUCUGGAGUUCGACGCCGUGCCGACGCAGGAUCUUCCACCCUGGUUCUUCGAACGGCAAAAUUUCACCCGCCGGCACCUAGGUGUGGACCUCUUCAGCCUGGACGGCAAGCGCGCGGUUCUUUGUCGGGCAGGGAAUGCCAGCCAUGAGGACGUAAAGCGCUUUCUGCGAACAGCCAAAUGUGUGAGUGAGGCUUCUCAGUGCACGCUUUGGACGCUCCGCGGCUGCCAGAUCACCGAUGUUUCUAAGAAGUGGCUCCGCAAGUACGGCGGCCAGCGCCAGAUCCUCACCAAGAACAACUUGCGGAAGCUCCAGCGGGGUGCUAGUGCCCGUGCUUCUUCCGAUGACUUGUCAUCCCCAUCGGAACCACCACUUCGGCGCUGCCAGGAGGACUGCCUGGAGGCGUGUGCAAAGGGAGCCCGGGUCAUCGAGAUGGCCUGCGGCACGGGCAAGACGCGUGUGAUUCGAGAGCUGGCAGCGCAGCAGACGGGAAAGGUCUUGGUCACGGUUCCAUCCCUUGUGCUGCUCGAGCAGUUCUCCGAGGAGUUGCCAGACUUCUGCAAGGUGGGCACCCGCUACAACGACAAGAUCGAUAUGGAAUCGCAGGGCUUCGUGGCCGUCACGAAAUCGGUACACCAUUUGCAGGAACUGGAGUUCGAGACGGCGUUCGUCGACGAGGCUCACCACCCCCUGUCUCCAGGACUGCCGAGCUGCAAAGAGAUCUUCAAGUUUUCAGCCACGCAGAAGGAGGAAGUGGACUUUCGGUACAGUUUGGGUGAGGCGAUCGAACAGGAGGUGUUGUGCGACUACGACCUCACAGUGCCCGUGACGACCCAAGGCCACUGCUACAUCUGCCUCGUGAACUUGCUGCUGUCGCAAGCUGGACGCUUUCGGCGCGUGCUCGCAUACUGCAACUCCGUGGCAGAAGCCAAGCGAUUCCAGCAAGUGUUGGAGAUCGCCGGGCUGGCGGUGUGGCACAUAAACGGGGAAUCCAACCGUGCAGAGCGUGAGAAGGUGAUGCGCGAAUUUUCCCAAGAUCUGCAGAAGCCUGUGCAUGUACUGGUGACGGUGGAGGUCUUGGGCGAGGGUGUCAACAUUCCGAAUGCCGACACCUGCAUGUUUGUGGAGCCGCGUAGCAGCUACAUAAGCAUCAUCCAAGCCAUAGGCCGGGUGCUGCGCCCUCAUUUGUCGAAGCCCAUGGCUCACGUCGUGCUGCCUGGGAUUGCAAUGCCUGCAGCCGCCGCAUCAGCCGGCACUACCUGUAAAAAUAACGCUGGCGCUGCAUUGGGAACUGAAUCCAUGACGGGAGGGGUGGCACCUGCAGGUGGAUUGCCACACACUGCAGGCUCUGACCAUGUGGAGCAUGUCAAAGUCCCGGGAUCGCCCAAAGUGCAUGGAAAGGGAGGCUCUUCCGGGCCUGCCACAGCAGCCGUGGAAAGCAGCAAGGCCACGGCUCGAGCGGAAAAUAAGCAGAGCAUCGCCAGCAAGCAACAAGAGCACAUUUCUGUGCAAGCGAAGAUGGGUGCAGGGUUGCCGAGAAAUGAGCUCGCACGGAGCAAGCUGGCAGUGGAUGGCGCGAGGACCCGGCCCCAGCCUACAGGGCAUCGAGAUAAGGGCCGCGCGGAUGGCUCUAGAAAGUCGCCUUCGGCGUCUGAGCUGCCCUGGCCUGAAAGCAAUGAAAGCGUUGGCGGACCCAGCAGCCAAGAAGGCAGCAGCUACAGGGCGAAAUCAAACGACCGUAGCUAUGACUCAGAGUCGCUUGAGGUUGCGGACUGCUGGCCAGACGAUGAUUCGGAGCAGGCUGCAGGAUAUCGAAACCGCCGCGCCCCAUGCAGCCAGGUGGCGAGAUUUUCUGGGGAGCUGUCACCUGCCUUCGAAGCUGGGCAUGGGAGAAGGGGAAUAGAUGCAACAUACGCGGGCUCGGGGCAUCAAUCCAACUCUAUCGUGUUGAAGGUCCGUGAGCACCGCCAGGAUCCCCAGCAUCAUCGUCUUGGAGUGCGCCCUACUCAGCCAGCCGCUGACUCCACCAAGCUCAGGGUGAAAACGUCCUCCCGCGACUCCGGGAGUGAAGGCACCAGCCAGCUUGACAGGUUCCUGGAGGUGAUAGCGAAGGCGGACAGUCGGUUUGUUGACAAAGAUGCCAAGCACUUGCAGUCUCGUCUUUGCGUGAUGGACAGUCAGCUACAGCAGGGAGUGUCGCCCGUGCUGUUGGAUCGCAGGCUACAGUACCAGUUGGCAUUGAUCCUGCAGCAGCGUGAUCCGUGGGAAUUAUGCUUGCAAGAGGUUGAAACUUUUCUGCAGGAUCAUAGGAGGUUUCCGCGAGUGUUCACGAACAUGCCUGAGGAGAGGACGCUGGCCCAUUGGUUGCAGGAUCUUUGUUUCAGGGUGAGGAGGCAGUUGCUCCCCGCUGGCAGGAUGCAGAAGCUCCUGAAUUCGUCGUGCAGCCGGUUGAGAUCCCGUGUUGCAAAGUGGCUCGAUCCGGAGACACCCUUUGAUCAAUUCGUGCGCGAGUUGCGGGAGUUUGUCCGAGUUCACAAGUGCAUGCCCAUAGACAACUGUGCUAAAGAGAGUUCCAAAGCUUCAUUGGCCCGAAGGCUGCAAGCUUUGCUGUCUCCCGAGCGCAGAGACUUUGAGAGACGCCUCCAAAUCCUGGCAAAGGAAGGCCCCAUCGUCGCGAAAUGGGCGAUGUCAAGGCGAGCACGAAAGCCUCGGCUGUUUGUGAGUAACUGGCGGCGGCAACUACAGAAGCUACGGGAGUUUGUGAGGAUGCACAGCAGAAUGCCGCGCUCGACGCUCCUGGCGGAGCGGUCUGUGUACGUUUGGUCGCUCAAGCAGCGAAGCCUACUGGAUCGCCUCCCUGCCGAGAUUCGAGCAGAGCUGCUUGGCUCUCACCCCGAAAUCGCAUCUUUCAUGCAGGGGUGA